CCCAAGAGUGGGGAAACUGAGAGACAGCCUCCUGUGCUCCCUGACCCCAGAUCUCCCUUGGGAUUCCCUCCUCCUGCGUGGCGGUCCCUGGAGGACCCUGGCUUCUGGGUGGAUGCAGGGGCGCUGGGAUUGGAUUUCUGGCAUAAUGAAUAUUCAUCAGCCUGAGCCAGCCUCUGCUUCUGUUUACUUAGCCGGGAGGGGCUGGGUUUCAGGUUCACCUUGACUCCAGGAGCUGCAGCAGAGCAGGUACCAGCUCCUGCACCUGUUUCUCUUGCACCUGACGUGCAGCUGCUCCUACCCACCUCUCCUGGCUGAGCCUUGCCUGAUACAGCACCCUGGAGGCAACCCUUCCUCCCCGAGUCUCACCCUCCCAGGCAGCUCCUACACUCAACUGCUUCUCUAGGAAAGGUCUCACCUCCAGCCUGGAGCAGUCAGGAUUACAGCAGAAAGCCCUACCCUCGGCUUAGGGAGCGCCAUGACGACUGAAAUUGGUUGGUGGAAGCUGACUUUCCUCCGGAAAAAGAAAUCCACUCCCAAGGUGCUGUAUGAGAUCCCUGACACCUAUGCCCAAACAGAGGGAGGCGCAGAACCCCCCAGGCCUGACGCUGGAGGCCCCAACAGCGACUUUAACACCCGCCUGGAGAAGAUCGUGGACAAGAGUACAAAGGGCAAGCACGUCAAGGUCUCCAACUCGGGACGCUUCAAGGAGAAGAAGAAAGUGAGAGCCACGCUGGCAGAGAACCCUAACCUUUUUGAUGAUCACGAGGAAGGACGGUCAUCAAAGUGAAGGGCUGAGGAGGGUGCUAACAUCUCCUGGCUCCCUGCCAUCAGCCAGAUCUGAGACAGGACUUUGCCACGCUGGCCUCUUUGGCCAUAGCUGAAGCUGUGGGGGUAGUUGAUACCUGCUGGCAGGAAAUGGCUGGUUUUUAGGUUUGUAUUUAUGUGCCUCCACUUUUGUAAGGCCUGGGAGAUCCCAGGGUCCUCCCACCCUCCCCCCGACCACAUAUAAAGGCACUCUAGUUCAAGGGUGAAAACUCUCACCCAAGAGGAACAGCCCUCCUUGAAGCAAUGGCAGGGCCAGCAGAGAGGUGGGCAUGGCAGAGAAUGGAGUGAGCCAGACAGACUUCACCUCAUCACUGGACACAGGGUCAAGGUCAAGUUUGAACUGCUCCUCCCUUUAUGUUCUCUACCCGUGACUACUCCCUGGACCAAUCCUGAGGAGGGCACAUUUUCCAGAAGCCACGUGAUAGGGGCUGGUUUCUGUGGAGCCAGAGGCAGAGACACUGAACUUGAGCUCACCUCCUAACACCGGCAGUAAACUUCCUGGAACUUUGCCCUCAAGUGUGGAGGGGGCAGAGGACACUGGCACUCUGUUAGGGUGCUGUAGAAGACUAGACUGAUGGUAGUUUGGCCUUUUGGCUCCCGUUUUGGCCAUGACUUGUGCAGGUGGCAAGUCACACACCCUCGAAGGGAAGCUACAUGGGCCAAAUUGGGGGAGUGGAUGGGGAAUUUUCUCCUCUCCUUCCCCUACUGUAAUAGUAUUUAAGACGUAUCAGCUCCAGAGAUGAGUCCUGGAGCCUUGAAUUUUGUUUAACAAACUAAUUGUAGGUUUCUCUCUUUGUAAUAACAAUGCUGGAAAAGCAGAGAACCUCUUUUAUGCUCAUGUCUUGCAUUUAUUGAGAUGACUGUUUCUCAUGCCUUUAUCUUCCUUCAUGUAAGUAAAGUGGACCUUUGUGCUCAAA